AUGAGCAAUCGUCGGGGCGGUCCUGGCGGUAGAAAGGGCAAGAACAACAAGAACAAGCAGGGCAAGGGAGGUCCUGCUUCCUCGUCGCUGGUCCCACAAAUACCUCCUAAAGAUGAAUAUCACAACCUCUCUCUGCCGUGCUGUCGUUUGCUAUAUGACACGUGCCAAGAGCUUUGGACUGUGGAUAGAUCGUUGUUGUUGAAGCAGAAUCAACAACAGCAACAACAACGUCCUGCUAGUCUCCUGGGCCAAAUGCUCCGCAAUCAUCUCUUGGAGAAACGACGGGAAGAAGUAGCGGCCAUGGCAUCAGCUGAAGCUUCCAAUCCAAUAGGAGCUGCAUCUUCGAUUGGUGCUGCUGUAGGGCCAUCACCCAACAAGAAGAAGAAGAAAAAGAAGAAGAAGAAAGGCAGCAAAGCACCCGAGUCAGUUGCUGUGGCUCAAGCUGCUGUAAGCUCCUCAGACAACCCAACAACAACAACAACCUCAUCAUCACCAACAACAAAACUGUACAACAAGAAACCGAUGAAACCGAUUCUACUGCUGCGAUUUCUUCCACUGUUUCACAAGACUCUCAGUCGGUCGUAUCCAAAGAAGAACCAAGAACAUCGCGGAACGGCAUUGUGCAUUACACAUCAAGAAGUAGAAACGGCGUUCCAGGCAAUCACUUGUCCCGUCUGUCGGCAUGCCAUUGAUCGAGUGUUGCAGCAACAUUCUCGGCAACCAGUCUUUUUGGGCGGAUUUCAUUUUGGAGACCACGUACCAUCCUACAACAACAACAAUCACAACGGACUUGCCAUUCCGAUACACAACCCCCAGCAAAACACGACGGAACCACCUUCGCCGAGUGUCGACUUUGACUAUGUCGCUCUCGAAGAGGGCGUCACGAAUCACGGUGGUCCGUGGGGACAAGACAGUUCUAUACAGGGAGUACCCUACUUUCACCCUCAGAUCAUCACAUCAGAGCCUACUACGAGCAAUCACGAGGACAACAGCAACAACAAUCGUGCCCACAACAACAACAAACAACAACAGCGGAAGCAAACAGAUGCAAAAGGGGAGGAACAGUGGCCCCCCGCCAAGGCUACUGCUAGUAGUAGGCAGCAACGGGUGCAGCUGGAAUGGCGGUUUGUCUCCUCGUCGUCGGCAUCCAUCGAUCAGACGACAACAACAACCGAUGCCAAAAAAAACGAGAACGCGACGACGUCUGUCGACGCGAUUACGAUCGAGGAUGUGGAGCACGUUGUCAAGAACGUCAUGUUGCCGCUGUCGCUGUCUGCGGACGACCUCAUGGGGGCCGAUACGACAAGCCUCGACGGCGAUGAGCUGGUCAAACUCUGCAACACAAUAUGUGACUUGGAUGGUUCAAUGAAAGACGAUCUCGUUAAAAUCAAGCAAGAAAUUGUCAAGUACAAAGAGCAAUUGGAAUCCAACCAAGAUGACUCCACCAACAAUCGAGCCGACGCGGAGAUUGAAUUGAGGGUUGGUCCCGCUUAUGAAGAACUGGAAACUGGUCUCGAGCAGCUCUUGUAUGAGGUUGUCAUGGAUGUCGUAUGGGACGGCCUGUUGUGGUUGAGUCGCGACGGUGACAAUGUGGUCAGGACCACAGUGUCAUGGAAGUCCGCAGUGUAUAAUUUGACCGAAGCCGUAACAAGGGCUCUCCUCAACAUUAUGCAGAUUGUGGAAGAGUUCGAGAAUGGGUUGGCAGAGAUAGCAGACAACAUGGGAAAUGUGCCUGCGAUGUUUGUCAGCAAGCAGCAUCGGGUGAUAUACCGCAAGAUGCUGGAACAGAAGAUAAACGUGUUACAAACGUUGAUCAAUGCCGUCGUAAACGCGAGCAGCUUGAUGGAGUUUGCUUGGCCAUCAGUUGCUGUACAUUCCAUUUCUGGCAACCCCGAUUGGACCUCGAAAGACGUUCACGAACGAGGACUUUUUGUGUCUUUUCGUCGAAAAUGGUUUGCACAGCAAGAGUUCUUUCGGUGCCUCGCAAAGAAACAGAACCGGGCAGAGAGUACAAGAAAAGGAUCCCCCAAUACCAAAGCAAAGAAUUCGCAACGAAACAAGACAUCUCCACGAGGCACCCCCGAUAGCAAGCCUUGGGAAAACAAAGUCAUUCAAAAGUUGGAUACGAGUGGCGACGAUUUGCUCCGUUCGUUGAUUGACUUGUCAAAGCCCGUUCGAAUAGAAUCAAUCCCGGCGAGAAAAGAAGAGCAAAUGGUUCGAUGUGCAAAGUCCAUGGGUCUCCUAGAACGAAUAGGCGGGGAUGUAUUUGCCCCAUUUGCAGACACGGAAAAUGCAAAAAAUCAUCCGAUCAGCUUUGCUCUUCAGGACGAAAACUUGAAGAACCAGUGCCGGACUUUGUCUACUCAAAUAAAACAGCAACAGACACGGCAGAUGUUAGCUCCAGAAGAGCAACUUCCGUCGGAACAGAGAAGGCACGCGGCCUACAUGACUGUGAAUUCGAUCCACCUCCUGAGGAAGCUACGCUUCUGCGUCACUGACAGCUACGAACAAAAAACCCCGGAACCAGUAUUGCCCAUAUGUGUGAUAUCAUGGAUCAACAACCUCCCCGUACCUCAAAUUGGGCAGUCAGUCAGCAUCCCGCACAUCGACAUGCGCAAUUGUUCAUAUGAGACACUGAUAAAUGCGUUUUUGGUGCAGGAGAAACAUAUACAAACUUCGCAGUGCCCCGGUGGAUCAGGGCAGCCGCGUCUCACUGCGAUCCUGCUGGCUCUUUUGUAUGGAAAAUUGUCGGACCAAUGCUCGCAAUGGCACGCUGAACUUGCCGAGCAAGAACUUUUGACGAAUAUGAAUGAGAGUGAAUCGGGGCUUCAAACUGGCACGCAGAGCGGGGAUGCUCCCUCUGGUAGCAAGAAGGACACUGCAGCGGGACGAAAUGGAGUAGCGACGAAUCAACCACCGCAGGGGAAAACAAAGAAGAAGAAAAAGAAAGGAAGUACGAAGGCGCAGGCAUCUGUUGAGAGUGCGACGGGAUCCGAUCAGGGAGCCGCAGGUGGGGCGGAAUCGAACCACUUGUUGCAGAGUCCCGCUACGGAAGACGCUGCCACCAUGAACGGGCACCAGGAACCUAAGGGCGCCAACGUUAAGACCGACGAAACGGAUGGAAUAAAAACCAAGGGAAACACUACGAAGGAUGACAAUGUCAACAUUGCGGAGACUACUGUCGGCGUCAUGUCCGAUGUUCAAUCGGCUGAGAUUGCCACGGAGAACAGUCGCGGUGAAGACCGAGCUGAGAUCUCAACUGUUGAGGUGGACAAAAACAUGGGGGUUAGAGAUUUUUCAGGUGCGGUCCAAUCUGCCGAAGGUUUCUUGGUAGGAAGACUGACUGCGCUGUUCAAGGAAGCCGCACAGGGUAAGGGCUCGGUGUUAAUAGUCUAG